GAGAUGUACGCGAGCUUCUCGAGGAGUUUGAAGGAGUACUGGGCGAACCUAAGGGUCUACCACCCCACCGGGAGUUCGAUCAUCGCAUACCACUAGUCAAUGAGCAGCAUGUUGUACAUGUUUACCCCUAUAGGUACGCUCACUUUCAGAAAACUGAGAUCGAAAGGCAAGUAGCUGAGAUGUUAGAGUCUGGGUUAAUUCAGCAUAGCUCGAGUCCGUUUUCAUCACCAGUAUUAUUAGCUAAGAAGAAAGAUGGUACGUGGAGGUUUUGUACCGACUAUCGGGCUUUGAAUGCCGCGACCAUCAAAGAUCGAUUUUCUAUUCUGAGUGUCGACGACAUGCUCGAUGAGUUGGCAGGAUCACGCUAUUUCUCGAAGCUCGACCUGAGAGCUGGUUAUCAUCAGAUUCGACUCCACAAGGCCGACAUUCCGAAAACAGCUUUUUGUACACAUCAGGGGCAUUAUGAGUAUUUGGUGAUGCCAUUCGGGUUGUGCAACGCUCCGUCAACUUUCCAAUUUGCUAUGAAUUCCAUCUUCAAUGAGUACCUACGUAAGUUUGUCUUGGUAUUCUUCGAUGAUAUCUUAGUUUAUUCGAAGUCAUGGGUGGAACAUCUGGAGCAUUUGAGACUGGUGCUCGAAGUAUUGGAGGCCAACUCAUUCCACAUCAAGCCGUCCAAGUGUUCAUUCGGGCAGGAGAUGGUUGAGUACCUAGGCCACUUUAUAACCUACGAAGGCGUGAAGGUUGAUCCACGGAAGAUAGAAGCUAUGGUCGACUGGCCUAAGCCAACGAGUCUCACGCAGCUCCAAGGAUUCCUAGGGCUCAUGGGUUACUACAGGAAAUUUGUGAAGGAUUACGGGCGAUGUCUCACGCAGCUCCAAGGAUUCCUAGGGCUCACGAGUUACUACAGGAAAUUUGUGAAGGAUUACGAGACCAUCGCCAAGCCAUUGACGGAAAUGACCAAGAAAGGCGGGUUCACAUGGAACAAGGCUAGCGAGGAGGCGUUUGAGAAACUGAAGGGCGCCAUGACUACGAGGCCGGUACUCGCCAUGCCGAGGUUCGAUGUCUUGUUCGAGGUACACACAGAUGUGAGUGAUAUUGGAAUUGGAGCUGUGCUAGUGCAGGAAGGACGACCCCUAGCCUAUCUUAGCAAAGCACUAGGCACGACUCGAUUGGGCUUGUCUGUGUACGUGAAGGAGAUGCUAGCAGUUGUCGAGGCUGUAAGAUGCUGGAGGCCUUACCUAUUAGGGCGUCGAUUUUUGAUUGUGACCGACCAACAGCCACUCAAGCAUCUACUCGAGCAAAGGAUUGUUACUUCCGAGCAGCAGAAGUUU